AUGGCCACUGCCUCUAUCCUCUCGCGAAACUACAAAGUGACAAUAGUGGCGAGGAACCUCCCGGGUGAUGAACCUACGAUUGAGUGGGGCAGCCCAUGGGCCGGAGCCAGCUUCAUCGCUGGAGGUUGCCUCUCGCGCCGCGAAGAAAAAAUGCAACUCGAUGCAUUUGCAGAAUUGUGGCGCUGGAGCGUCGCCUAUCCGGACUCAUCCGUCAAACAAAUCACUAUUGAUGAUUUUCAUGACGAUAAAACAGAAGAGGAUAUUUGGUGGAAAGACCAUAUGCCAGAGUUCCGAUUCCGUCCGCUGGAAACCUUUCCUGCAGACAAGUCCCUCAUCCUCAAACCCGAUGUGUUUCUCCCUUGGUUGAGAGCGAAGUUAGCGAAAUCGGGGGUUCAGUUCAAGAGAAUGGAUCUCAAGUCGUUGUCAGAUGCUUGCGAGCUUGGUCAUGACAUCUUGGUUAAUGCUACUGGGUUUGGAUCUCUCAAGCUUCAGGAUGUCCAGGACCAAGACCUUGAGAUGAUCCGAGGUCAAACUGUCGUUGUCAAGAGCAACUACGACAAACUGUUCAUGCAUGAUACCGGCGAAACUUAUACCUAUGCCAUACCACGUUUGGAUGGAACGGUAGUUCUAGGUGGCACGAGGCAGAAGGACUCUGUGUAA